AGCACGCAUGGGUAGCAGCAUAUAUAAACCCAAACUCCUCAUCGUCCUGAACCAUUUCCAUGUCCUCUCUGUUCCUUAUUUUCAGAGGUAAGGAAAACAGAAAAAAACAAAAAACAAAAAAUAAAUAAAAAUAAUAAACAAAAAAUUAGGGGUUUGUUUUCUCAUUCGAUCUUCUCAUCACUGUUAGUUACACUUUCUUCUUGUUCUUGUUCUCGUUCUCACUUUCGCCAUUUCAAUUUUCUGUUAUUUUUCACGGAAUGGCUGCGAUUUCAUCACCAAUGGUUCAGUCUCCGACUGUGGUGGCUCCGUCUUCGGCAGCAUUGACCGGAGGACCAUUUGCGAAUGCGUCGCUUUACGUUGGCGAUCUCGAAGGGAGUGUGAACGAAGGACAGCUUUUUGAUCUGUUCAGCCAAGUCGCUCAGGUUGUUUCAAUUAGAGUUUGUAGAGAUCAGACUAGGCGAUCCUCUCUUGGUUAUGCUUAUGUCAACUUCACCAAUGCUCAGGAUGCGGCCAAUGCAAAGGAACUUCUCAACUUCACUCCUCUGAAUGAGAAACCUAUCCGUAUCAUGUUUUCUCAACGCGAUCCAAGUGUUCGGAAAAGUGGAUCGGGCAAUGUGUUCAUUAAGAACCUGGACACAUCAAUUGAUCACAAGGCAUUGCAUGACACUUUUGCUGCGUUUGGCCCUGUACUUUCUUGUAAGGUGGCUCUUGACGGUAAUGGUCAGUCAAAAGGGUAUGGCUUUGUUCAGUUUGACAAUGAAGAAGCUGCAAAGAGUGCCAUCAAACAGUUGGAUGGCAUGUUGAUAAAUGAUAAACAAGUCUAUGUUGGAUUUUUUGUUCGCCACCAGGAAAGGGCUAGGACAAAUGGAUCGCCCAAAUUCACUAAUGUGUAUGUGAAAAAUAUUUCUGAAGCAUCAACUGAUGAGGACUUGAAACAACUUUUUGGCCCCUUUGGCAUGAUAACUAGUGCAACAGUCAUGAAAGAUGCAAAUGGGAAAUCUAGAUGCUUUGGUUUUGUGAAUUUUCAAAGUCCAGAUUCAGCUGCUGCUGCAGUUGAGAAGUUAAAUGGAACUGCUAUCAAUGAUGACAAGGUUUUAUUUGUGGGGAGAGCUCAGAGGAAAGCAGAAAGAGAGAAUGAGUUGAAAGCCAAGUUCGAGCAGGAAAGAAUUAGCAGAUAUGAGAAAUUGCAAGGGGCUAAUUUGUACCUGAAAAAUCUUGAUGACGAUUUUAAUGAAGAAAAGUUGAAAGAUCUAUUUUCUGAGUUUGGAACUGUAACAUCUUGCAGGGUGAUGUUGGAUUCACAUGGUCAUAGCAAGGGUUCUGGUUUCGUGGCCUUUUCUACUCCCGAGGAAGCAAAUAAAGCUUUGAAUGAAAUGAAUGGAAAGUUGGUGGGAAGAAAGCCUUUGUUUGUUGCUGUGGCUCAGCGCAAAGAAGAAAGGAAGGCUCAGUUGCAGGCACAUUUUGCUCAAAUCCGUGCCCCUGGUGGAAUGGCACCGCUGGCUGCAGAGCUUACUGGGUACCAUCCAGGGGCACCAAGACUUGCCCCUCAGCAGUUGUAUUACGGUCAAGGCACACCUGGCUUCAUACCACCUCAGCCUGCUGGAUUUGGUUUCCAGCAGCAGAUCUUGCCUGGAAUGCGGCCUGGUGUUGCUCCGAAUUUUGUUAUGCCAUAUCAGCUCCAAAGACAGGGUCAAAAUGGGCAACGGAUAGGUGCUCGACGAAAUGGAAACCUCCAACAUGUGCAGCAGAAUCAAAUGUUGCAUCGUAACUCCAACCAAGGGUAUAGAUAUAUGGCCAACAAUCGAAAUGGCAUGGAUCCUUCUGGAGUUCAUCAAGGUCUAGCAGGUCCAAUGUUGCCCAUGACAUUUGAUGGUUCUGGAGUUUCUGCUGCUCCUAUUGAUAAUCAGCGUCCAGGGUCUACAUCACUUGCCUCUGCUUUAGCUUCUGCUACCCCAGACAAUCAGCGCAUGAUGCUGGGUGAACAUCUAUAUCCCCUCGUGGACCGUCUUACACCAAACCAACAUACUGCAAAGGUGACAGGGAUGUUGCUUGAAAUGGACCAAUCCGAAGUGAUUCAUCUUAUUGAAUCUCCCGAUGCCCUAAAAAUAAAGGUCUCUGAGGCAUUACAGGUCCUUCAUGAAGCUGCAUCGGGAUCUGAAGUUGGUGAUCAGCUUGGUUCAUUGUCAUUGAACAAAUGAAGUAAUUUCAGCUGCAGUGGUAGAUAUGAUGCAUCGUCUCAUAUGUGAGCCGCGUUUUUUUUGCUUGAUAAGCUAUUAUUAUUUUGGGGUCGUAUACAAUUUUGAUUUAUCAGAAUCAUAUUUUAUUUUUGCCAGAUAAGUUAUUGGUGGGCUGAUAUGUAGAGAUUCAAGGACAUGUUUUGGUAGUCUUCUUAGCAUUUCCAUUUUCAUUUUUAGCUUCUAGACAAUUUUAUGAUUUUAUUUCAAUUGAGAUUCGUAGUAGAGGAUGUUUGACAAUAAUUUGUCUUUAGAUCUGAAUGUUAUAAAUGGGCUUUUGGUUGACAUCUAUUCUCAA